UUUCCCCGCCUCUUCAGAAAUGGCGGCUCCGCUGGGCGGUAUGUUCUCUGGGCAGGCGCCGGGGCCCCCGCCCCCCCCGCCGGGGCUCCCGGGUCAGGCUUCUCUUCUUCACGCCGCGCCGGGCGCUCCGAGGAUUUCUAACAGCACCUUGGUGGACGAAUUGGAGUCAUCUUUCGAAGCUUGCUUUGCUUCGCUCGUGAGUCAGGAUUAUGUCAAUGGCACGGAUCAGGAAGAAAUUCGAACUGGUGUUGAUCAGUGUAUUCAGAAAUUUCUGGAUAUUGCGAGACAGACAGAAUGUUUUUUCCUACAAAAAAGAUUGCAGUUAUCUGUCCAGAAACCAGAGCAAGUUAUCAAAGAGGAUGUCUCGGAACUAAGGAAUGAAUUACAGCGGAAAGAUACUCUGGUCCAGAAGCACUUGACAAAAUUGAGGCAUUGGCAGCAGGUGCUGGAGGACAUCAAUGUGCAGCACAAAAAGCCAGCCGACAUCCCUCAGGGCUCCUUGGCCUACCUCGAGCAGGCGUCUGCUAAUAUCCCAGCGCCGAUGAAGCAAACCUGAGGCAGAGCCGGCCUGAAAGCGAGCUGGUGGUUGAGUCAGCCUCAACAGUCUUGCCAGACAUCACUUUUCUUGUGGACAUGACAUUUUGGAAACGUCCUUUGCUGGAGAAUGAGAUGAUUUUAGUUUUAUGUUCCCACCUAAAAUUUUUCCCCUAUUUUUAUGUGUUAUAUCUUGAAUACUUUAUAAAAUGUCUAUGGCUUUGGUAAACCAAGCAAAAUUUUUUGUGUUUAGUAGAGUUUAGACUGCUAGAGUGAUGCCACUUAAAGAUUCUUUUUUGUUUCUUUUCUUUGCUUGUUUUUAUUUUUGUAUGACUUUUAAUCUCUGUGUUUGCAGUAUUAGAUUAGUUUGUAUGGUUUGAGGGAAAAACAGUUUGUAUGAUCUGUUCUGAGGAUCAGAGGAUGAGGAUUUUGGUUGUAGGCCUUUUAGGAUAGUUACCCCUCAGUGGUAGUGUAGGGAAAUCCAUAAAUUUGCAGUUUCAACCUUUAAACUACCUCAAGAAGAGGAGUCUAAUGCAACGUGUGUGAAAUGCUUCCAGGGCUCUCAGAAGGAGAUUUUGUGAGUAGGCCGGAGAGGAUUGUAAUACCCUGGGUUAGUGUAGCCAUAUUACAGUAGGGUCCUUUAGUUGCUGCUUUCUUUGGAGUCAGUUUAUAUUUUGUGUGGUGUUUGUUUCCUUUUGGGGUGGGGCAUGUGGUGGGAGCCGUGAGGUGCUGAAUUCUGUGAGGUUCUGCAGUGGUGCAUCAGCGUAGGUCACCGGGCACACCCUGUUCUCAGUCGCAUGGCUUGGGGCAGAGGUGAAGGGUGAGGGUUAAAGCUAGCUGUGGUUGUGUCUUUUUGUUUUGAGUGUUGUUUGCUUGUGUCGUUUUUGUUUUGCUUUUUUGGAGCGGAACUUUCCAGGUUCUUGCUAGUGGAUGGUAUUGAUUCCAGGGGGCUGGGUGCAGGGUGCGCCACAGGAUGGACCUCGGCAACCACUCUUCACAAAGAGCACGUGGAGCCUCCGUGUCUGGGAAGACAUUUUACCCGCUUGUUGGUCAUGCAGCCCCUCAGAUUCUCUGUUCACUGGCUGUGGAGAAAUACAGAUGGGUAUUGUGUCUGGCUCUCCUUGGAUGAGGUUUUCCUUUCUCUGCUGUUUACAGGCUCUUAAUAGAUUACAUCUCUUUACCCAAAACAAGUGCUCCACUGUCUUCUGAACACGCAGUGCUUCUGUGACUCAGUGUCCUGAGUCAUUUUGUUUUCUCCGGCCUUGAAAGCCCCUUCCCACAUGCAGUGACAUCCGCUCACGGUCCUGUCUGGCCUGGACGCCACCUGGUCCCUGAAGCCUCCGAGUGCCCUCCCUGUCACACCCCCAGGACACAGGACUUCCUGUCUCCUCUACCAACCUUGCGUUGUUUCCCUCGGGGGUUGGUGGUCUGAAUCUGUCUCUGUGCCCUUCAUGAGAAGAGGCAUCAUUCCCCUCUGAUUACACAGGGACCAUGUAUUAUUUCUCUUUUAUACAUAAUACUUACUACUCAUUUUUGUGUGUGGAGGGGUACACAGCCUGAGGCCAACAAAUCCCCUCACUCAGGAUGUAUACUCUUAAAAGUUGUUUUUACUCACAUUAUAUGAAUUCAAGGCUGUUAACCUGGUCAUCUCAUGCUAAUUAGAAGCUGUGAUUGGCAGCUUUAGAUUUCUUGACUACAAGCCGAAAUAAACUGAUAAAGUUUUAGGCACUCUUUCAAUAAUAGAGAGGUUCUUGGUAAAAAGAUUGGGAAGUAUUCUAUUUGGUGCUUAGUGAAAAUAUUUUGAAUUAAUGUAUAUACCACUUCUUGCCAUUUACUUAUUA